CUAGUAGCAAAAGGGAGAGGCGAACCAGCUCAGAGCCGGCGACCGCCACCCCACACCGCAUCUCCCGACUCCCGCUGCUGUAGUGCUGUGCACUAGCCAAGCCAGCUUGCAUAUUCCUUCUCCCCCACGCUUUCCCGUGCUUCCAUUCCACCACCAGGGCCGCGGAACGCCCCGCCCCGCCCGGCCCCCGCGCCUCCCCUUUCCACCUGUUCGUCGCGUGCGCAUUCGUUCGCGCAGCCAGCGAGCCAGCCACCACCGGCCCCCACCAUCGAUCGAUAUCCUCCUCCUGUCUCUCUUGCUGCUAGCUCUCGCAGUUCCGUCCGAUCGACUAUACUGAUCCAGCUCCUGCUAUGCGCGGCGGCUAGCUCCUCGACGACGAGCUGAUCAAUCCGACAAUCCGAGUCCGCCGGCGCGGAUCGUCGAUCGAUCGGCCACCAGACCAUGGGGACUCCGGUGAACAUCAUCGUCGGCUCGCACGUGUGGCUGGAGGACCCCGGCGAGGCGUGGGUCGACGGCGUCGUCACCGAGAUCAAAGGCGGCGACGCCACCAUCGCCACCACCAACGGCAAAACGGUCGUGGCGAGCCUUGGCAGCGUAUACCCCAAGGACACGGAGGCGCCGCCGGCAGGAGUGGACGACAUGACCAAGCUAGCCUACCUCCACGAGCCGGGCGUCCUGCACAACCUCUCCUGCCGGUACGGCCUCAACGAGAUAUACACGUACACCGGGAACAUCUUGAUCGCGGUGAACCCCUUCCAGAGGCUGCCGCAUCUGUACGACGUGCACAUGAUGGAGCAGUACAAGGGCGCCAGCUUCGGGGAGCUCAGCCCUCAUCUCUUCGCCAUCGCGGACGCCUGCUACAGGGCGCUCAUCAAUGACCAGGCGAGCCAAGCGAUCCUGGUGAGCGGCGAGAGUGGCGCUGGCAAGACGGAGACCACCAAGAUGCUCAUGAGGUACCUCGCAUUCAUGGGAGGACGGUCCGGCACCGAGGGACGCACCGUUGAGCAGCAGGUUCUAGAGUCUAACCCGGUACUUGAAGCAUUUGGUAACGCCAAGACAGUGAAGAACAACAACUCAAGUCGAUUCGGCAAGUUCGUGGAGAUCCAGUUCGACAAGCAUGGCAAGAUAUCCGGGGCUGCCGUUCGCACGUAUCUCCUCGAGCGAUCGCGAGUGUGUCAGGUCUCCGAUCCUGAGAGGAACUACCACUGCUUCUACAUGCUCUGCUCCGCGCCCCCCGAGGACGUGAAGAGGUUCAAGGUGGGAGACCCAAGGUCGUUCCAUUACCUGAACCAGACGAACUGCUAUGAGGUGGCCAACGUGGACGACGCGAGAGAGUACAUAGAAACUAGAAACGCUAUGGAUAUCGUUGGCAUCGAUCAAGAGGAACAGGACGCGAUCUUCAGAGUAGUAGCGGCGAUCCUCCACCUAGGAAACAUCAACUUUUCCAAAGGGCAGGAGAUCGACUCGUCCAAGCUGAGAGACGAUAAAUCGGUCCAUCACCUUAAAACAGUUGCGGAACUGCUAAUGUGUGACGAGAAGGCCCUCGAAGACUCCCUCUGCCAGCGUGUUAUUGUUACGCCUGAUGGGAACAUCACGAAGCCCCUUGAUCCAGGCUCUGCGGCGUUAAGCCGUGAUGCCUUGGCAAAGACAGUGUAUUCACGACUGUUUGACUGGAUCGUAGACAAGAUCAAUAACUCGAUUGGCCAGGAUCCAGAUGCGACCAAUAUAAUAGGCGUGCUUGAUAUCUAUGGAUUUGAGAGCUUCAAGAUCAACAGUUUCGAGCAAUUAUGCAUCAAUUUGACAAACGAGAAGCUGCAGCAGCACUUCAAUCAGCAUGUGUUUAAGAUGGAGCAAGAAGAAUACACAAGGGAGGAAAUAGACUGGAGCUAUGUUGAAUUUGUAGACAAUCAGGAUGUGCUGGACCUGAUUGAAAAGAAACCUGGAGGAAUAAUUGCACUCCUGGAUGAGGCAUGCAUGUUUCCAAAGUCUACACAUGAGACAUUUGCUCAAAAGAUGUACCAAACGUAUAAGGUCCAUAAGCGCUUCAGCAAGCCCAAGCUAGCUCGGACAGCCUUUACGAUCAACCAUUAUGCAGGGGAUGUGACGUAUCAAGCGGAUCAGUUCCUUGAUAAGAACAAAGACUAUGUGGUAGCCGAACACCAGGCCCUACUAAAUUCUUCAAGGUGCCCUUUUGUUGCAAACCUCUUCCCUCCAUUACCUGAGGAAACCUCUAAACAGUCCAAAUUCUCUUCAAUUGGUACUCGCUUUAAGCAACAACUGCAAUCCCUCAUGGAAACACUGAAUACUACAGAACCUCACUACAUCAGAUGUGUCAAGCCUAAUGCUGUACUCAAACCCGGCAUUUUCGAGAACUACAACGUCUUGAAUCAGUUGAGAUGUGGGGGUGUCCUGGAAGCAAUUCGGAUCAGCUGUGCUGGUUAUCCAACGAAGAGGACAUUUGAUGAGUUCAUUGAUCGGUUUGGAAUGCUUGCACCGGAGCUUGUCGACAGCGAUGAGAAGGCCGCCUGUGCAGCGAUAUGUGAUAGAAUGGGUUUGAAAGGAUAUCAGAUAGGGAAAACUAAGGUAUUCCUAAGAGCUGGUCAGAUGGCAGAGCUGGAUGCUCGAAGAGCAGAAAUUUUGGCUAAUGCUGCGCGACUAAUCCAAAGGCGUAUUAAGACACAUCUUAUGCGAAAGGAAUUCAUCAAAUUAAGAAAAGCCUCAGUUCAAUCUCAGAAGUUCUGGAGAGCACGACUAGCUAAAAAGAUUUUUGAGUAUAUGAGGAGAGACGCUGCUUCAAUUAGGAUACAAAAGCACGUGCGUGCGCAUUCUGCCAGAAAAGCGUACCUGCAAGUAUAUGAAUCAGCUACAGCAAUACAAACAGGAUUACGAGCAAUGGCAGCUCGCAACGAACACAGAUUCCGAAGAGAGACCAGGGCAUCCAUAAUUAUCCAGACUCGGUGGCGCCAACACAGAGCUUAUACUGCUUACAAACAGCAACAGAAAGCUUCUUUGAUUCUCCAAUGCUUGUGGAGGGCACGCAUUGCAAGAAAGGAACUUCGGAAACUGAGAAUGGAAGCAAGAGAGACCGGCGCACUGAAAGAAGCAAAAGACAAGCUAGAAAAGAGAGUAGAAGAACUCACAUGGCGGUUAGACGUCGAGAAGCGUUUGAGGGCUGACCUUGAAGAAGCAAAGAGCCAUGAAAUUGAAAAGUUGCAAUCUGCACUACAAAAAAUGCAAGAAAAUCUCGAGGAAGCCCAUGCAGCAAUAGUAAAUGAGAAAGAGGCUGCAAAGUUAGCGAUUGAACAGGCACCACCAAAGAUAGUAGAAGUGCCGGUUAUUGACAAUGCGAAACUUGAGGAGUUGACAACUCAAAAUAAAGAACUUGAGGAUGAACUAAGUACGUUUAAACAGAAGGCUGAGGAUCUUGAAAAUAAGCUUAUUGAGUUCCAAAAACAGUCUGAUGAACUGUCACAAGAGACACAAGAACAAGCAUCCAAAGUUACUGAACUUCAAGAGCUGGUCGAAAGGCUUGAAGCAAGUUUAUCCAAUAUGGAAUCUGAAAACCAAGUUCUACGACAACAGUCAUUGGUUGUUGCAUCAGCUGACGAGGAUAAAUCAAAACAGAUAGAGAGCUUGGAAAGCAAGAUCGCCACCUUGGAGUCAGAGAUAGAGUUGCUCCACAGCAAUUCUGCACUAGCUAUUCAGGCCGUGGUUACUCCUGAAAUGAAUCAGACAACAGUAAUCGAGGAAUUUGACAAGGGACACCAGCUUGAAGAAGUUAAAACGGUCAAUGAGCAAGUGGUUGUUCCUCCUGUAAAGAAUCUAAGCAAACAAAAAUCACUGACGGAUCGACAGCAAGAAAACCACGACGCCCUGAUUAAAAGUAUGGUAGAAGACAGGAGAUUUGACGACAAAAAAUCCGCUGCAGCAUGCAUUGUCUACAAAUCACUCCUACACUGGCAUUCAUUUGAAGCGGAGAAGACUAACAUAUUUGAUCGAAUCAUCCAAAUAAUUAGGUCAUCAGUUGAGGGAGCAGAAAGUUCUGGAGAGCUAGCCUAUUGGUUGUCGACAACAUCAACUCUCCUCUACUUGUUACAAAACACUCUCAAAGCUAGCAGUUCAUUAAGUAAAGGAACAAAUCGCAGCCGGACCACAACAGGCAGUCUGUUCAGUAGAAUGGUGCAGAGUGCCCGGACAUCAUCAGGCUUAGGCAUAGCUAGUGGAUACAGUGGAAUGGUGGGAAGGCCUGACACUGAUGCAUCGAUGGUAGAGGCAAAAUAUCCAGCACUUCGGUUCAAGCAACACUUGACAGCAUAUGUCGAGAAGAUAUACGGGAUAAUCAGAGAUAACCUGAAGAAGGAAAUAAGUCCGUUCUUGACAAUGUGCAUACAGGCUCCAAGAGCUAACCGUGUGAGGCCAUCACGGGGAUCACUAAAAAGCAUACACUCUAAUGCACUAGCUAGGCAAGCAUCAAGUCUGCAUUGGCAAAACAUUGUCAAGUGCCUGGAUCAUACACUGGAAACGAUGAAAAAAAACUAUGUAGCUCCGGUGAUAAUCAGGAAAACAUUUAACCAAGUAUUUGCAUACUUGAAUGUGCAACUCUUCAACAGCUUACUGCUUCGUCGGGAAUGCUGCUCUUUUAGCAAUGGGGAGUUCUUAAAGGCUGGUUUACAAGACCUGGAGCAGUGGUGCUCUAGGACAACUGAAGAGUAUGUAGGGACGUCCUGGGAUGAACUGCAACACAUUAGGCAGGCAGUCGGGUUCCUGGUUUUGCAUCAGAAAUCACACAAAAUCCUGGAGGAAAUUACGAAUGAGAUUUGCCCUGUUUUGAGCAUAACUCAAAUAUACCGCAUAGCAACGAUGUUCUGGGACGACAAGUACGGUGCACAAGGCGUAUCUCAAGAGGUCAUUGGAAGGAUGAGAACGAUGACAACGGACGACUCAGUAACUACUCCAAACAGUUCGUUCUUGCUGGACGACGACUCAAGCAUACCGAUAUCGUUGGAUGACAUAGCUCGGCUGAUGCUUCACAUCGAUCCGUCCGAUGUGGAACCGCCCCCGCUACUGAGGCAGAAUUCUCAGUUUCACUUUCUUCUGCAGCAGCACACGGACUGAUAUCUUCUACAGAUAAAGAGCAGAAUGAAUGGUACAGUUACUUGUGGAGUUACAGGGAACUGAAGAUUUUUUUUUAGGAGUGCACAGAUUGAGUUGUGAUUUUUUUUCCCUUCCUUUUUUUUAUGGUUUUGGGUGGGAAAUGGCUACAAAGAAAGGGAAAUAUAGGGUAUAUCGUGAUAUCAUUCAUUUGAUUGGUUUGAUUGUUUGGAACAGAGAGAUUUGUAAUUAUUUGAAUAUGUAUAUAAAUUAUAGAAGCAUCUGAUCACA